AUGGAAGCUCGAAGUUCAAAGAGAAAGCGGGAGUUUUCCCCUGGUACAGUUGCGUCUAGUAUCAGUCUUCCUAUUGCUGUACCACCACUGCCGCUAGCCGAGACCGAACCAGGCGUCCCACAUUCCAAAACCCCACCGUCAUUGACCAGUGAUAACGACUCCACCUCGAAGAGCUCUUGCCGUUCGCCACCAACUCCAUCUCAAACUCGAAGUGACCAAAAUACCUUCACAAUGAGAGACGAGAGAGAUAUACUAGAUCUGUACGCAACCGACUACCAACCUGUUUGGGCUGCAGGAAUUGAAUUCCCCGGUGUCAUUCCAGAAGAGAUAUCACAGUAUCUAUAUGAGGAUGGCGAGCAGGUCUCCUUGUUCAUCGGACCGUUGUCAAGCCUUUUUUGGCUUGAGGGGGUGGAAGAGCUCGAAGAGCUCAUUCGCGAUCCCGCAUAUGUUCUUACAGAUGAGUACCGUUCGAUCCCACAGGGUUCUCCGCGUCUUUGGAUUGUUUCAAUUUUGUUUGAAGAAGGGAAGAUACCAGCAACAUUCAUGGACAAGAUCUAUGAAGAACCUGUCCGACGCCAGGCUUCCGCGCUUUCUUAUGCCAGCUUUAUUCCCCCAAAUCUCACAACAACUCCUACUCAAAACAGGAUUCAAGAUGUCUUCCCCUUUGCGCGCCUCCAAUCUUUUCCGCCAACUAUUUCUUGCAUUAAGACAAAACUGAAGGGAAAGAAGAACAACCGUGAUGAAAAUUACGUUGAUUUGAUGAAUACAUUCAUCAAUUCACUUGGCGGCAAUCUUCUUUACAAGGGCUUAUCACGUCCGUCAAUAGUCAGCCUAGCCUCACUCUUCGCGCCCCUCGUCUCUUCAUACACGCUUCAGAACGAGUUCGGACCCGGUUUAUACGCUACUUCCUCACUCAAGUAUGCGUUGGACUAUGCUGGCCCAGAUGGGGUCAUUUUGAUUUUCAAGGAUGUUGACUUCCGUCCGUUGGUUAAGAUUGAUUUGGCCGGCGAAGACUGGCGAACUACGGUGGACUAUUGGACCGGGGCGACGAUUUCAAAUGUUUCUGAGCGUGUACCAGCACUCUGGGAGCGAUCCGAUAUCUUGCAAGGCCAAAUCUCCGUCAAAGAUCUGAGGUCCAAACAGAGGGUUCCCGGACCAGAUUCCCAGGUUGUGGGAGUCAGCUAUGCAGGCUUGAAUGCAUUUGCAUCUGCUUUGCACAUGAUCAUUUGGCUAGACAGUUCGCGCUGA